CGCUCCGCGCCCCGCGCCCGGCCCCGCGCCGCCCCGCACGGCCACCGGCAGCGGCCGAGCCGCCGCGGCCCCACAGCCGGGACAUGGUGCCGUGCGCGCCGCUGGACGACGAGCCGCAGCCCUGCCACAAAAUGGAGCUGUACGUGAGCGGCGCCGAGCUAAAUGGCCUUAAAAUGGCAGAUGAGCCUAUGGAAGAAGGUGAACCAUAUUCCUACCAUGAUGAAGGAAGUGUGAAAGAAAUUCCUAUUACACAUCAUGUGAAAGAAGGAUGUGAGAAAGCAGACCCAGCACAGUUUGAACUACUUAAGGUUCUUGGACAGGGAUCAUUUGGAAAGGUCUUCCUCGUGAGGAAGAUAAUUGGGCCUGAUGCUGGGCAGCUUUAUGCAAUGAAAGUGUUGAAAAAAGCUUCUUUAAAAGUUCGGGACAGAGUCCGGACCAAGAUGGAGCGCGACAUCCUGGUGGAGGUGAACCACCCGUUCAUCGUCAAACUGCACUAUGCCUUUCAGACUGAAGGGAAGCUCUAUUUAAUAUUGGAUUUUCUCAGGGGAGGAGAUGUAUUCACACGAUUAUCCAAAGAGGUUAUGUUUACAGAGGAAGAUGUGAAAUUCUACCUCGCAGAACUGGCCCUUGCUUUGGAUCACCUUCACAGCUUGGGAAUUGUGUACAGGGACCUGAAGCCAGAAAACAUUUUGCUUGAUGAAGCAGGACAUAUCAAGUUAACAGACUUUGGACUCAGCAAAGAAUCAGUAGACCAAGAGAAGAAGGCCUAUUCUUUCUGUGGUACUGUAGAGUACAUGGCUCCUGAAGUGGUAAACAGGCGAGGGCACAACCAGAGUGCUGACUGGUGGUCCUUUGGGGUCCUCAUGUUUGAAAUGCUUACUGGUACCCUGCCAUUUCAAGGUAAAGAUCGAAAUGAGACUAUGAAUAUGAUACUGAAAGCAAAGCUGGGAAUGCCUCAGUUCCUCAGCCCUGAAGCACAGAGUCUCCUGAGGAUGUUGUUUAAAAGGAACCCAUCAAAUAGAUUAGGAGCUGGUUCAGAUGGAGUUGAAGAAAUCAAGAGACAUCCUUUUUUUUCUACUGUUGACUGGAAUAAACUGUUUAGAAGAGAAAUUCAGCCUCCCUUCAAACCUGCCUCUGGAAAGCCAGAAGAUACUUUCUGUUUUGAUCCAGAAUUCACAGCAAAAACCCCAAAAGAUUCUCCCGGGGUCCCACCCAGUGCAAACGCCCACCAGCUCUUCAAGGGAUUCAGUUUUGUUGCAACUACUACUGUAGAAGACCAUAAAAUAUCACCCCUCACCAACAUCCUGCCCAUAGUCCAGCAGCUUCAUGGAAACAGUGCACAGUUCACUGAUGUCUAUGAACUGAAGGAAGAUAUUGGUGUGGGCUCCUACUCUGUUUGCAAGAGGUGUAUCCACAUAGCUACAAACAUGGAGUUUGCUGUGAAGAUAAUUGAUAAAAGCAAAAGGGAUCCCUCAGAAGAAAUCGAGAUUCUCAUGCGUUAUGGGCAACAUCCAAAUAUUAUUACUUUAAAGGAUGUGUAUGAUGAUGGCAGAUUCAUCUACCUGGUGACGGAGCUGAUGAAGGGGGGGGAGCUGCUGGACCGGAUCCUGCGGCAGAAAUUCUUCUCGGAGCGGGAGGCCAGCGCGGUGCUCUUCACCAUCGCCAAGACCGUGGACUACCUGCACUGCCAAGGGGUGGUGCACCGAGACCUUAAACCCAGUAAUAUUUUAUACACUGAUGAUUCAAACAAUGCUGACUCCAUCAGGAUUUGUGAUUUUGGAUUUGCAAAACAACUUCGAGGGGAAAAUGGACUGCUUCUAACUCCCUGCUACACUGCAAACUUCGUGGCUCCAGAGGUUCUCAUGAGACAAGGAUAUGAUGCUGCUUGUGACAUAUGGAGCUUGGGAGUUCUCCUUUACACAAUGUUGGCAGGCUAUACUCCAUUUGCCAAUGGUCCCAAUGAUACUCCUGAGGAGAUCCUAGUACGGAUAGGCAGUGGAAAAUUCUCUCUAAGUGGAGGCAACUGGGACACUGUUUCAGAUGCAGCAAAGGACUUGUUGUCACACAUGCUGCACGUGGAUCCCCACCAGCGGUACACGGCCGAGCAGGUGCUGAAGCACUCCUGGAUUGCCUGUAGGGACCAGCUGCCUCAUUACCAGCUCAACAGGCAAGAUGCCCCACAUCUAGUAAAGGGAGCCAUGGCUGCUACAUAUUCUGCACUGAAUCACAAGACAUUUCAGCCAGUGCUGGAGCCUGUGGCAGCCUCCAGUUUAGCUCAGCGACGGAGCAUGAAAAAGCUCACAUCCACAGACUUAUAGAUCCACUGGGACACCUGAGCAGACACAAGCAAGGGGGAACCCAACAAGUGGCUCUAUUUUGCCUGACCUGUGAUCAAAAGGCAUCUAUGGUUUCCUGCUACACUACUUGAAUUCUGUAAAAGUCCUUUUUUUAAAAAGAAAAAAAAAAUCCACAGGUUCAUACUGUGUUUGUUAUACAGGCCGUAUCUGUUAAGUUAAUUUAAACAUCAGGUACACCAUAACAAAUUUCUCUACACUGUCCUUUGAGAUCUGUUGCAAAUAUUCUUUCACAUUCUGUAUAGUUUUGCUGGGUUCAGUUAAAAAAAAUGGUUUAGGGGACCGUUGCCAAUGACCAAGUUGUACAUAAAGUGUCAGUGGGAGUUUUCUUGCUUCACACCUUCAGGCCCUGCUGUGAAGGGCAAAUUCUUCAUUUUGUAAUUGGGCACUUCAUUGAUUCAACUCAAUUCCUUUCCCUGGUCCAUGACUAUUAUGCAGAGUUGAGCAAUGUGAUGUGCCUGAGUUAAUUCAUCGCUGUUGAUUUGGUAGGUCUGUGUUUGCAUGGUGCCAGUAACUGAGGAGUUUCUGUGGAAAUACAAACCAAAGGGAUGUGCAAGAUCCUGCACUUAAAUUUGAUCUCUUGUGACCCAAAAGAAAUGCUGGUUAUGGCCUCUGACAGGAAAACGAACAUUUCUGGUUGUUACCACAAAUUGUGUUCUGCACUGAGCUGGAGAAAGUCAAUAUGUGCAUAAACUGUCAAAAUUCAGGCUCUCAGAAACAUUGGUGCCACUUCAAAACAACAUCAUGCAGCUCAAUCCUUUGUUAUUUAUAUUUCCCAUCCAUUAAUACAACUACUGUGUUAUUUUCCUCAGCAGUCUUUCCACUAAAUACUCCCAAUAUUAGGUUUGUUUGGCAUAUGAGACAAACUGACACUUUAUUAUAAGCAACUUGGCACUUGGGGUUUAUUUUUUAUUUAUUUGAUUUUUUUAAUAGAAGGUUGCUUCUCUCUGACUCUCUCGCUGCAUGUACAAAUAUUACAGAACAGAAAUGCAGAAUUCUCUUUGCCUAACUGUAGGGGUAGCUUGGGAAAAUAAAUAAGCCUUGCUGUGUGCCCAGAUAAGGGAAUUCUGACCAAGAAAUUUCACAGUUAUGGACAAAUUCCUUUCAGCAUCCCGUGGCCAGCACUCACUCUCCCUCUCUGGUGUUAGGACUGCAGCUGUUCCCAAAUGCUGGGAUGGAGAGGAAAUUCAUUUCAGGGCCAGAAUUACCUUGGGGUUUCCUGACUCCAAACCAAUGCUAACUGCUUUUAGUUCAUUCAGAGAUACACUUAGAAGUGUUUUCAAAAAUUGUAGACACUGAGCAGUUGUAGUGACAUAGCAGGAUGAUUAUAAAUAUUAAAUACAUUAGUGACAUUAGGCUGUGAAGUGACCAAAACUCAAACAUAGUUCAGACUCACUUGUCAUCAUGGAAUUUUCAAAUGCAAGACCCCAGGGCUGGCAGAAAUCAGUGUUUUGAGACAGCAAAAAAACUUCCAGGAGAAUUCUGGCCCAAGCACCAGGAUUGGUGGUGUUAAUUCACAUCUCACAAGAGGUGUUGGCUGGUUUUUGCUUAUACCUGUGAAGGACUUGGUGGUGUUGGAAAUACUUUUAGAUAAGCUGCUUUCUUCUGUUGUGGUGGGGGAAGAUGGACAUUAUCUGGCCAGAUAGUUAGGUAUGAAUAUAUGUAGAUUUGAGACUUAAUGAUAUAGCAAACAUAGGUGUGCUCUUUGUAUCACACAGAACAUCCCCCAGAUGGAAUUUCUUGAGUGUUUGAUAGAUGUUGGAAGCUUUAGGGGCCAUUUGUGCCAAGUUUUGAGGUGCCUGUUUGAAAUGCUUGAAAACUUAUCAAAGAACACAACUGCUUCCUGGAAAGCUUUUUGUUUAGUACAAAACCUGCCCCUUUUGCAGCUGCUUCUUCCUCCUUUUCCUUAAUGAAGACUCUUUUCAGCAAGAAUGCCUGGAAACCUCUUGUCUAACAUUCUGUCAGGGUCAUUUUAAUGUAAAUUGAAAGAUGACUGCCAGAAGAAUUUGAAUUAACUCAAAAAAAAAAAGACCAGAGUGAUGGAAGUUAAACCCCCUGAGCCCAGGUCAAGGUGUAAUGUAGUGUGGGUUGAAAUGUAGUCCUAAAAGCUAUGUUUGGGAUAAGAGGUAAUGCAGGGCCUGGAAUACAAUGGAAAUGUCAAAUUUGAAUUGUCUUCAGCUUUCCUGUAAGGCAGCAGCUGGUCUAUAAUGGCUUUACCAUGAAUCAUUUAACAGUUUCUGUUGGUAUUUUCUUUUAGCUUGCUUAGAAGCACCACAGAAUAAGCACCUUAAAAGCAUUUUGCACAAGAGCAGUUGGAAGCAGCUGAAAGGACUCAAGUUGUUCUUGAUGUGCAGCACAAAGAUGGUGAGAGGAAAAGAACACAAACAAGAUGGAUGUUCUGAUUCAUUGCUGAGUAUUUAAAACAUUUCCUGGGAAGUUAUCCCUGUUUUAUAUCACUGCUGGCCUUUAGUGCAAGUGGUACUUCAGGGGUAAAAAUAACAUUACAAAGUUGUCUUAUUGUGGGGAAAACAUAUGGAUGUGUUAUAUCUGACAGGCCAGUGUACCCUGGUAUGCCAAUUAUAAUCCUUAUUUAGGGGGAAAAGUUCCCUUGCUCUAUUUCAGCAUAUCAGUCCUGGAAAUAUUUGGGAUAUGCAGGAACACAGAGUUCACUUGCAGUUUACUUUUACUGUAUUUAAGGAUCAUCUUUGGGAGGCUCCUUUGGGAAUUCCUUGCCUGUUUCUCAUCCCUUUCUUUCCCAGUUUAGGUUUUGAUCUCUAAAAGUAGCAUGGUCUGCUCAUGAGCUCAGGUAAAGGUUUGAGAUGGAAGAGCAGGUACUGGGAAAGUGCCCUGGCUGCAGUGAAAGGUUGGUGACAAUUAUUUCUAUAAUCUGGGCACAGUUCAAGUUUACAAACUGGUGAUGUUCUUACUGCCUUACUGAGUCAGAAAAAAAAGUCAAAUUUUCACAAAGGCUCAUAAUUACAGAAGUAGGCAUUCAGACUAAAGGAAUUUCCACAAAACUAAAUCUUAUAUUAUAGAAUAUUUUGGCUGUGGCUUCCUGCCAAAAAAGCUCCUGCUCUGGUGUUUGGUGAUGGUCAUUAUCAGUUCCAGCUCUAGUGCACACAGAAAGCAGAUUCCCACUGGAGCUGGAGUGGGCUCAGGACCUCUUUUGCUGUUCUUUCACCCCAGGAUAUCUCAGUUUGUACCUUCAGUUAUCCCUUGGAUAUAAAGGGAGGAGCUCUGUUGUAUUCCUCUUCCAGAUCCAAAAACUGCAGUGGCACCAGUGAGCCCAUGGUGGGGUCACAGAGCCCUUCCUGAGAGCUUUCCUGGUUGGGUCCAGUCCAGCCCUGAUCUGUGGCUUGUGUGGUUUUCUUCUUUUUCCCAUUUUGCUCAAAAUCAGUGAAUUCCCCUUGCCCAUGCCAGGAGGUGCAGGGGGCUGAGCCUGCUCUUCCUUUGAGGCCUUUGUUUGAAUGUUCUUGCAGCCAGAGGAGGCAUCCAAAGCCUCACCCAAGUCAGUCAUGUUGAGCUUGAAUUCUGUCUUCCAUGUUUUAUUUCCUUUUCCAAAGCUGAUCUUCAGCUGUCCAGUAGUUAAAAUAACCUCUGGCAAACUUCAGGUUGGGAGUUCCUUGCAGUGUCCUUAGAGACUGCUCUGUAGAGCUGUGUUAAGUUAAUUACACAAGGUUAUAAUAAUGCUCCUGGUUUGUAUCAGUGAAAUUAGGCUAAAACAUCAAUGCAAACACAGGUUUUAUGUAUUUCUGUAGCACUUAAAUUUUUCAGUCCUAUCCAGAACUAAAAGUUUGCAAAUAUUUGUGGGAGGGGAGGGAGGAGCAGUUUUUCUUUCUCAAAGUUUCCAGAAAGCUUCUGAAGCUGUGAUCAUAAUAGAGUCCUUAUGUAAUCCUGUAGGGGCUGUGUAGGGUUAAAACCAUAAAAUUCUCCUUAAAAGUUUGUUCCAAAGGUCUUUGAGGUGUGCACUGAUAGCUGUUGGUAACACCCCUGCACUUCAUUCAUACCACAGCAGCCUUCUGCAUCAACAUCUGUCCCUGCUCCAGGUAUUUUUAAAUAUUUGCUCCUCCAAGUUCUACUGUUCCUUGGGAGUAGAAGAAUGGAUACAAAUUUGAAAACCCUCACCUUUAAUAUAUGGCUGAAACUGAUUGAGUAUUAUAAUAAUUUGCAUAAUUAGAAAGUCUCCCACAAAAUCAGCAGCUGGUUUUCUUGAGAUUUUUUCCUGUGUAAUGAAAACAAACUUUCUCUGAAAGCUUUAAAAGAUACUUAAUUGAUUAUAUCUCUUAAUUAUUAAUUUUUGGGCAAUAGCUUAUUACCAAUAGUGAGUUUGAAUAACCCUGAAUUCUCUUCUGGGGUUUUUCACACGAGGGUGCUGGAGGUGGAUCUGCUUUGCAGGACCAAGUGUUCAGGUUUGGGUGUUUUCAUUAGGCUUUUGAGCAGUGUUUGCUAAUUAAUUAAUUAAUUGCAUUGUCUUAAUGUCCCAAGCACUUUGGCAUCUUGCACUGAUGCUCUGGUUAGAGCUGAAACUCUCCUGGCACGUGGCUGAAUCUCCAUAAAGGGCAUUAAUUGAGAACAGUGUGCAAUGAAUUCCAUGCUCUGAGGUACUUCAAAGAUGAAACUCUACACAAGGUCCCCGUUAUCAGAUAUUGUAACUGUCAUUUCCUUCUCUUAAGCAUAUUGUGGAUUUUGUAUCAUACUGUAUUUAUUUCAUUUAAUUUUAAAAGAAAUGUUUUCUUUAAAGCUCUGUAUAUAUUGACAUUAAAGUUUGCAUUGUACUGCGUUCUCCUCUUCUUGCAAGGCUGGGUCUGGCAGUGCAGUGGUGUUUCUCUUGGCACUGCUGCCUUCAAUUACAGCACACCAAAGACAACCUCAAAAUUGUAUUUAUUUUUGUCAAACUCCCUGAAUAAUCAUAAAGGUACAGUUUUAAUUAGCUGGCAGUUCUUGAGUACUAGAAUAAAAGAAUUGCAAAUUCACAACAUUUGGUAAUUGACAGAAAUCUGUCACUUCUGCUUUGGAAGUUUGCUUGCUUCUGUUUUUCAAAUGGAUAUAAAAAACAAUGAGCAAACAUUCCUAAAUUAAAUGUAUAUGAAUUAUUUCAUAAACCUUGCCAAAAAUCUCACAUACAUCAAGUGCUAUUUAUAAAUUGAUAUUCAGUCAAGUAUUUCAUGCCAUACUUGCAGCAAAACAGACGUUCAGUGGUAGGACUGAUGUAUUACCUCAGGAUGGGAUCAUUGACCUCUGUGCUUUUUAAAUAUAAAAUCUAUAAAAUUUGUCUAAUAAAGUCUAUUAAAUUUGA